ACAUGCUCUUUACUUGCGUAUCUUCUACUGGAAGUAAUCGAAAGGUGCCAAACUCAAAUCCAAAUCCGUCGUCAUUUGUGGGAAAUACUCUUAUUGAUGUUUUAAAUAGACGUAAAAAUGAGUUCUAGAUUGAUAGCAGGAAUCGUGGCAGGGAUUUGUGGCACAUUUUUCCUCGGAUAUUGUAUAUACUUUGACAAGAAGCGAAGGAGCGACCCCCUUUACAAGCAGAAACUUUUAGAGAGAAGGAGACAAGCUAAGCUAGCUCAAAAGGAGGAAGACACUAAGAACCGUGCACCUGACAAGACAGAUGCAGCCGCUGUUCAACAAUAUUUCAUGGAAGAGGUUCAACAAGGGGAAGAGCUUUUAACACAUGGUGAAUAUGAACAAGCUGUAAAACAUUUAACAAAUGCUGUUUUGGUUUGUGGACAGCCUCAGCAACUCUUGCAACUGUUUCAGAAUACAUUACCACCCAAUGUCUUUCAAAUGCUGGUUGAGAACCUCAAUGGCCUACCGACUGGUAUGAAGGAAAAAUCAGAAGAGGGAGAUUCUCUGGAUUGAGUUUGGAAGCGUUGCAAUUAGUUUAAAUUUUGAAAAAGAAAAUCUACUAGGGUUGUUGCUCAUUGUGUUUGUUCACUGAAGUUUCAAAAUAUUUGGCUGGAGUUUUGCUAAGUAGGCACUUGCUUGAACAAAUUACAUGUACGUUAAUAAAAAUGUUUGGUAUG